AUGCCUCCAUACAGUUCCUUAGUCCCGGCGAAGAGGAGGAACGACGACGAUGUGGAUGGACCAAAUCGUAAACGACCGUCUCUUGACGCAGAACCUUCGUAUGGCAACACAAGAAAGCAGUAUUGGAUGAUUCAAUGGCGAAAUCCACAAGCAAGGAAGCAUAAAACCUGGGAAGGAGAUGGGGUCCUUGUUGGUGAACCAGGGGGAAGAGGAACCCUUUACGACUCUGAGGGCAAAAUAAUCGCGACCGGAAAGGUCGACUCGAAUCUUUCGGAAGGCACAAACUUCCACAUUGGUGGUAAAGAUAUUGAACUUGACCGUGCUAUCACUCAAGGAGAAUACUUCUCUGGAGCAUGUUUUGGCAGAGGAACUUCUGCCUUCACCGCCCAACAAACCGUGCCCGCUGUGCCAGUCAGGAAACAAGCAAAGUUUAUACCACCUCAGAGGGCUGCGAAUAUCUCCUCCUCCUCAACAGAUGCCCUCACGACUGGAAACAAAUCCAAUAUACCGCCCAACUCUGAGAAGGAAGUUGUACCAUCUAAAUGUCACUGGGCAGUAAAUUGGCGGAAGCAACAGACUCGCAAGCAUAAGACAUGGGAUGGCGAUGGCUUCGUUUCACUCAUGGGGGAUCAAUUGAGGAUGGUAACCGAGGAUGGAAAGCUCAUGGGCACAACAAAAUGGAAAGGAGGAGAACUCUACUCAGGUCUAAGAGUAUUUAUCAAUAACAAAGAGGUUGAACUUGAUCGAGACGUCCCAAGCUCGCAAGUCCCAAAGGCCAAAGGACAACCACUGUCGCAGGAGGAGGAUCUCAUCACCGAACCCUCUCCUCCACCCACUAUCGCCAAGCCUUCGACCGGUAUCGCGGCGUCCUCGUUCUAUGGCGCUCCCAAAGCAAAGCAGCCAAAGGGACCCUUACACGAUCCCAAUGCACCUGGUGCAGUGGUAUUCAAAGCUCCGAACAAAGCGCAUAUGCAACGAUACAACAAAUAUGACCUUCCUGUCGUUCCUGUCGUCCUGGAUCCUAUCCUUGCAAGACGGAUGCGACCCCAUCAGAUUGAAGGCACGGUCAUCUGCGUAUCGUUUAUGUACGAAUGUGUAAUGGGUCUCCGCAAGCAUGAAGGUAACGGCUGCAUCUUGGCUGACGAAAUGGGUCUCGGAAAGACUUUGCAGACGAUUGCACUUGUGUGGACGCUGCUAAAACAGAAUCCUUACUCGGGCGCGGGACCUAUCGCGAAGAAGGCCUUAAUUGUCUGCCCCGUGUCUCUCAUCACCAAUUGGAAGGCAGAAUUCCACAAAUGGCUGGGCAGGGACAGGGUUGGGAUUACCGUCGUCGACAAGGAGAAAGUCAACAUCGACGCCUUCUUCUACAAUAAAACCCAACAUGUCCUCAUCAUCGGUUAUGAGCGACUCAGAACUGUUAUAAACAAAGUGUCAACCUCCGUUCCACCGAUUGACCUCAUCAUUUGCGAUGAGGGGCACAGGCUGAAAUCUGCUAACAACAAGACAACAGCCAUGUUCAAAGCCCUCAGAACCCGUCGACGCAUUAUCCUUUCCGGUACACCGAUCCAGAACGACCUCAGUGAAUUCCAUGCCAUGACCGAGUUCUGCAAUCCCGGCCUGCUCGAUGAGUACCCCGUCUUCAAACGCGUGUACGAAACCCCCAUUCUGAAGAGCCGCGCCCCUGAGGCUACGGCGAAAGAAAUAGAGGUCGGAGAAGCGCGUACUGAGAGCUUACUCCAAGUGGCCAACAGUUUUGUCCUUCGAAGAGACGCCACGCUCCUGAAAAAACACCUGCCUCCGAAACGUCGGUGCAUCGCAUACAUCCGCAUGGACCAGUACUUAAUCCCAUUCCCAGAUGAAUACGUCGUCUUCGUGACUCCAACGAGGCUUCAGAUAUCCAUGUUUUCAGCAAUUCUAAGGCCGGAAAGAAUAGACGAUCUGGCGUCCGGCUCGACUGCAGAAUCUCUGGCGCUCAUCAACAUUCUAACUAAGAUCAGCAACAGCCCUAUCCUUCUGAAAGCGACGGCAGAUUCUUACAAGGCGAGGACUGGCGACAAAGAAUCGUCGUGUCUUGAACGGGCGGGCGUAAAGGAGGCUUUGCGGUUAAUGCCGGAAGGAGCACAAGUUUCUGACAUGACGCUGAGUGGGAAGUUGAUCGUAUUGGCGAAGAUGCUCAAGGAUAUACGGAAUAACACUGAGGAGAAAUGCGUCGUCGUCUCCCAUUUCACAUCAACAUUGAACAUCCUCGAAGCCUUUUGUCAACAAGCGGGGUAUUCGUUUUAUCGACUUGAUGGCCAGACUCCUCAGCAGAAGCGCCAGGAGUACGUCAACGCGUUCAACAAAUCUUCCCAGAGAGGAGGCUUCGUCUUUCUCUUAAGCUCUAAAGCAGGUGGCGUUGGUAUCAACUUAAUUGGCGGCUCGAGGCUUUUCCUUAUCGACUCGGACUGGAACCCAAGUCACGACCUACAAGCGAUGGCUCGCUGCCACCGGGACGGCCAAAAACGCCCAGUGUUUAUCUAUCGAUUGGUUACUGCGGGCACGAUCGAUGAGAAAAUCUUUCAGCGGCAGAUCACCAAGCUUGGUCUCAGUGCAUCACUCAUUGGAUCAGCCGAUGGCAGCGCGUCCAAAAGUGACUCGUUCUCAAAGAAAGAUUUGCGGGAUAUCUUCCGUAUAGAUCCCAACACAAGUUGCAACACGCACGACCUUCUCGAGUGCCCGUGCGACGGCUCUGUCAUCCCUGUCCCUGGAUCUUCAUCCACAGACGAUAAUGGAGAACGAGUUGCGAGACUCAAACGGGGUUUCCAAUCAGCCUCAUCCGUCACCAUGGCUGAAGUCGAUGAGGAGUUCUUGGACAAGAAGAAAGCGGGGCUAGCCUCGCUCAGCGAAUGGAAACACAUUAACUGUCUCAAACCGUCGGCUGACCGACCGGCACUGGACGAAGUCAUUCAAGCCGUCCUUCCCGAAUGUGAUUCUGGCUUCAAAUCGUAUGACAGCAUCACAGGGUCCUCAAGAGCCGAGAGACUUUUGAAAGCAGUGGACCUGGACAAUAUCCAGGCUAUGGAGAAGACCUUCAACGUCGCGGAUUUCCCUGGUGGGACAAUUUCGUUCCUUUUCGAGAAGAGCACCGAAAGCACAAUUGCAUCCGAAGGCUCUGACGUAGAGGCAUAA